GAAUGUGAUCAAGUUCAUAUAGAUGAUGUUUCUUCUGAUGACAAUGGGCAAGACCUAAGUACCUACAGUUUUGCAACUGAUGGCUUCCAUGCAGCUGCAAGUAGUGCAAACCUUUGUCUGCCAACAGGUGUAAGAGGAGGGGUUGACUGGAUGAGGAAGCUGGCUUUCCGUUACAGAAGAGUAAAAGAAUUGUAUAAUACUUACAAGAACAACAUAGGAGGUCUCCUUGGCCCUGCUAAAAGAGAUGCGUGGCUACAGUUAAGAGCUGAGAUUGAAGCUUUGACCGACUCCUGGUUGACAAAUGCACUUAAAUCAUUAUCAAUUAUUAGCACUAGGAGUAACUGUGUAAAUGUUUUGGUAACAACCACCCAACUUAUCCCAGCACUUGCAAAAGUCCUGUUGUAUAGUUUAGGAGGUGCUUUUCCUAUUGAAAAUAUUUACAGUGCAACCAAAAUAGGAAAAGAAAGUUGCUUUGAACGAAUAAUGCAAAGGUUUGGCAGAAAAGUAGUAUAUGUUGUAAUUGGGGAUGGUGUAGAAGAAGAACAGGCAGCAAAAAAGCACAACAUGCCUUUCUGGAGGAUAUCAAGUCAUUCGGACCUCUUGGCUCUACAUCAAGCACUGGAACUAGAGUAUUUGUAACUGUGUUCUAUAGUUGGCGAUCCUUUUUUAUAUUUCAAGUACACUGAAUUUUUAUGUGUGAUUCGAUGCCUCUGGCUUAACACAUAUGAAUUGUCUUAAGAAGGGAAGAAAUAUUUGGAAUGAAAAUUCCACAAUGAAGAAUUCAGAUUGCUGAAUGGAGUUAAAAUGUUAGUGCUACAUAAGGAAGCUCUAUGGUCUUAUAUAUGCAACAUUUCUAACGAAUAAAAACCUAUGGAGGUUGCUGGUACACACCAAAUGAGCCCUAAUGGGAGCGAACAAAGGACUCAUGAUGGCAAAGCACCAACAUGCGUUUUCUGACCGACAAGGUGGUGGUCAACAACAUUCCUCAAUAUGGGGUAUACUCUCAGCACUGAGGUUUGAACCAGACUUUAGCCUACCUAACCCAGAAAAUCUGAAUUGGAAUGCACUCAGACUGUAUAAUGACAAUCCUGUCUAGACCUGUAAUUUGUGUAAAUUAUUGAUGAAAAUAAUUUACUGUGACUUUAUUAGCAGCUGAUUUUUGGAAGUGGAUGCAAUUUUUCUUUUUUUGGAGGGGGUGGGGAAGGGUUAUAUAAUAUUGUCUCUUUUAUAAGUUUGGCAAACAGAAUGUGCAUAAUGAUGUGUUGUGCCUUAAAGACAAGACCGUGUUUGUGUGUUACAAUGUAAUUUUGGUUAAAAACUAUGUAGAUAAACAAAAAAAAGUUGACAUUUUUUGACAUGACCAAAUUUCAAAUUCAAGUAAUCAAAGAGCAGGGCUGCAUCAAAAGCAUUUAAGUAUUUGUUUCAGUAAGAAAAAAUAAAGGAAAGUUUGUGGUUUU